AUGGAGCUGGUAAAGGUGGGAAGUGGCGACGAUGAGACCGGUGCAGGGGGUGGGAGGUGGGCAGUGACAAUGUUGGCAGGGGACAGGGCUUGGCUGAUGGAGGGAGUAGGAGUGGCGGGGGCAGCGGCAGCGGCAGGUGUAACAACAGAGGCAGCGUUGGGGGCGGUGACAGGAGCAGAGGAUCGACCAUGGUCGUGCUUUGAAUCCUUGUCGGCCUCGCUGUAG